CAGCAGCUAGCAUACCAGCCCAGCCAUGGUCCCCGAGAUGAGUGAACGCCAAGAGUUCCAAGCCUCUGAAUUUGCCUACCUCCUGGAAAACUCUUCCUAUGACUACGGAGAAAAUGAGACCUACUUCUGCUGUACUUCCCCACCCUGCCCACAGGACUUCAGCCUCAACUUCGACCGCACCUUCCUGCCCGUCCUCUACAGCCUCCUCUUUGUGCUGGGGCUUCUGGGGAAUGGCGUCGUGGCAGUCGUGCUGCUGAGCCAGAGGGCGGCCCUGAGCAGCACUGACACCUUUCUGCUGCACUUGGCCGUGGCCGACGCACUGCUGGUGCUGACACUCCCUCUCUGGGCAGUGGAUGCAGCCAUCCAGUGGGUCUUUGGCUCUGGCCUCUGCAAAGUGGCGGGUGCACUCUUCAACAUCAACUUCUAUGCAGGGGCCCUCCUGCUGGCCUGCAUCAGCUUCGAUCGGUACCUGAGCAUUGUGCACGCCACCCAGUUCUACCGCCGGGGCCCCCCAGCUCGUGUGGCCCUCACCUGUGUGGCAGUCUGGGGGCUCUGUCUGCUCUUUGCGCUCCCAGACUUCAUCUUCCUGUCCUCUCACCAUGACAACCGCCUCAACGCCACCCACUGCCAGUACAACUUCCCGCAGGAGGGCCGCACGGCUCUGCGCGUCCUGCAGCUGGUCGCGGGUUUCCUGCUGCCCCUGCUAGUCAUGGCCUAUUGCUACGCCCGCAUCCUGACUGUGCUGCUGGUCUCCAGGGGCCAGCGGCGGCUCAGAGCCAUGCGGCUGGUGGUGGUGGUGGUGGUGGCCUUCGCCCUCUGCUGGACCCCCUACCACCUGGUGGUGCUGGUGGACACCCUCAUGGACCUGGGGGCCUUAGCCCGCAACUGCGGCCGGGAGAGCCGUGUGGACGUAGCCAAGUCAGUCACGUCGGGCAUGGGCUACAUGCACUGCUGCCUCAACCCGCUGCUCUACGCCUUUGUGGGCGUCAAGUUCCGAGAGCGGAUGUGGGUGCUACUCAUGCGUCUGGGCUGCCCUGACCAGAGGGGCCACCAGCGGCAGCCGUCAGCUUCCCGCCGAGAUUCAUCCUGGUCCGAGACCACAGAGGCCUCCUACUCAGGCCUGUGAGGCUGGGAUAGGGAUCCCUCUCCCCCUGCCACAUUUCAGGCUGUUCCCUCACUCACUUUCCCGACACACACUCCUGGGAGUCCCCCGUGGCCCUAGUCUCCCAAGGAGCCACCCUCCUGACUCUGAGGGCUCUGCCAUCACUGCUCCGUCGCCGCCCUGCCCCAUCCCACUGCUUCAGGGGUGGCUGCCUUCAGGCCCUUCUUACCUCGGCUGUGCAGAACCCCACCACCCUCCCAACUCUUGCCAACUAGGCCUCAGCCUUCCCCAUAUGCAGGGAGCAUGAGGCAAACAGCAUGAUGCUCUGCAGUGACUGGCAGUGGUUUCUGAGACGGCUGUAUUUGCUCACUUUGACUUUUACACGUAAGACUGCUUCAAACUUUUCAAUAAACAAGCUAAACAGG